CUUGUGGAAGAUACUUCUGAGGCAUAUUAAUUAAUUAAGUUAAUCGUAUUAUGUAUUGCCUUCAACCUCGAUCGAAUCUCUUAAUUUAAAGCGAAGUGAGGCAGUUAGAUAUGAGGGUAACGAUUUUUUGGUUGUGCCUCGUAACUUCAGUUGCUCUCAACAUUUUUCUAGUUACGCAUCAGAAUCGGAAUCAUAGGUGGAGCAGACGAGCUGCAGAAGAAGCGGAAGCUGUUGCUGCAAUUAACUGCUCUGGCCAUGGAAGAGCUUAUUUAGAUGGAGAUGGAUCAGGUCCUCCUGUCUGUGAGUGCAACCAGUGCUACGAAGGUCCUCGUUGCUCUUUCUUCAAUUUCACAAAUCACUGUGUUGCUGAUGCAGAUAGUGGAGAUCCGAUGUAUUUGGAGCCGUUCUGGAUGAAAAAUCAAAAUGCAGAGAACAGUGCAGUUGUGAUAGCAGGAUGGCAUAGAAUGAGCUAUGUUUUUCCAGAUCAUUCCUUCAUUUCCCCUCAGCUCGACCUACACAUUCGCCGCCUCCAUUCCAUCGCCAAAAACGCCGUCGUUCGCAACAAGCACAUCGUCAUCGGCACCGGAUCAACUCAGCUCUUCUCCGCUGCAGUUUUCGCACUUUCCAUCCGCGACAAUCUCUCCUCCCCUGCACAGGUCGUCACCACCGCCCCUUACUAUUCGCUUUAUCAGAUGCAGACAGACUACUUCCAAACUGCUAGGUUCAAGUUCGGCGGCGAGGCGUCGUCGCUGAACAACGCCUCCGGCGAUCUCAUCGAGGUCGUGACUUCGCCGAACAAUCCGGAUGCGCAGUUGAUGAACGGAGUUCUUACAGGACCUAAUGUGAAGGUGGUGUACGAUCGUGCCUACUAUUGGCCUCACUACACCGCAAUUCCAGCUCCGGCCGACGAAGAUCUGAUGCUCUUCACCAUGUCCAAGGUCACAGGACACGCUGGAAGCCGCUUAGGGUGGGCUUUAGUGAGGGACAAGCAGGUCUCGGCGAAUAUGCAGCGUUACAUCGAGAUUGCAGAAAUGGGAACCUCCAAGGAAACUCAGCUCAGAGCUCUGCAACUCAUCAAAGCCAUUCUCCGGCAAGGCGACGGAAAGCAAAUCUUCCGGUUUGCCUACGAAACAUUGAGCGAUCGGUGGGAGAAACUUGGGAAGAUCAUAUCGUCGUCGAAGCGUUUUAGCAUCCAGGAAAUUCCUCCGCGGUUCUGCAGGUUCUUCGAGCGAGUCAGGGGACCAUCGCCGGCGUAUGCGUGGGUGAAAUGCGAGAGGGAAGAAGACAAAGACUGCUCAGCGGUCCUCCGGGCAGGAAACAUCGUCGGCCGAGAAGGGAGCGUCUUCGGAUCGGAAGAUCGUUACGUACGUCUCAGCCUUCUGAAGAGCCAAGAUGACUUCGAUCUGUUGCUUCGUCGAUUAUCGAUCCUUGUUUCUCAAGAACAAAGUGGUCGAGCAGAUUCCAUGUGACUCUCUCUCUCCGACAAUCCUCCAUUAAAGUGAUUCCAAUAAGGUGAAAAAAUGUUCCUUGUUAAUGUCAGUUAACAGGGAUUAAUGUUAUAGUGCUUACUUAUCAUGUUGAAACACACUAGUUUGUUAUUUUGAGCUGUGAUUUAAAUAUUCUACUAAAAAUAUUGAAUUGUAACAGUUAUAUAUAUGACCUAAUAUUAAUA